AUGGCAUUCAAGUUAUGGCUACUGGAUGAGGAAACAAUAUACGAGCACGUGUUCGAACGGUACACACAAUUGGAGGGCCAGUCCGGGAAACUGGCGCAGGAUUUGGGUAUUCAGGAUAGAAGGGGCGGUGUGCUAGAGAUAACGUUUGAACCCUCUGGGCUGGAAGGCGGCAGAAAAAAAAAGCGAGUGAGAAGAAGAAAUAAGGCUAGUAGUGUUGAAGAAGAUCAGAAUGUUGCUGUGGAUAGCUAUCAUGUUAGCGUGGGGCAGUCCAUAUCAAGCUUGCGCUCGUCCAGAGACAACGGAAACUCCACCACAGGAUACGUUUUGUGGUCUACCACACCUUUCUUCAUCAACUGGCUGCUGUAUAGUACUAGCGCUGCACCUUUCCGUCUUGGGAGUCAGGUGGAAGUAACCUGCGGGUCUUCUUGCGAGGGGCACAAGCUUGAGUUGCCCAGGCUGGUCGACCUCACGGGCGCUGAUCGCGGCAAGAGAGGUAUCUUGGAACUUGGAGCAGGAAUAUCAGGUAUUUUGCCCGUGAUUCUUGGUAACUUCGUCGACACCUACGUGUCGACAGAUCAGAAGGGCAUUCUUAAUAAAUUAAAAGAUAACAUCAUGGAAAACUUAUCACAGUUGACCAGAAAGCGGUGCAUUUCCCGAUCACUAAGAUUGGAACUUCCCACCGUCGAACCAGUUGGCGACGCUGAUAUCACCGCAGCGUCACUUCCAUCUAAGUCUACGUUGCAUUUGGAAGUAGCCGCUCUAGACUGGGAGAAGAUAAACUUGCAAGACAAAAAGACCCACUCUCUGCAUCCUGAGUUGUCACUCAUAGGUGAAACAUGUUCUUCCGUGUACGUUAUAGCUAUGGAUGUCAUAUACAACGAGUACCUGAUAGAUCCGUUUCUGAAGACGCUCAAGCAACUCAAACACUGGUUACAAACUACCUACAAUUUGCAAUUCCAUGUCCUCGUGGGGAUACACUUGCGGUCACAAGAGGUGACAACACUGUUCUUGGAGAAAGCCAUCAUAGAAUAUGACUUCACGGUUUAUGAUAUCGUUGACCAGGUCAUACAAGAGUCCCGUUUUAACUUUUAUCUUAUCACCUAG